AUGGGCGAUAGUUUCGAAGCGGUUUGUGCCGACGAUUCGGAGGAGGAUGUGGCCGCAGUCCGGGCUAUGGUUGAGCGAAUAACGUCGGAGAUAAUGGCCCACGGUGAGGAGGAGCACGAUUCCUACGAUCCAGAGAGCCUCCAGAAGGUGGAGUUCCACGUGCAGAUAGGGCGCGUCGGUACGAUUCUGGGCGAGAUGACCCAAACGCUUGAGGUGCUGUUUUGUCUGCCGGUCAUCUGCCGGAACGACGCGCUGAUGGACGAAUGUUUCACGGGCGAUGAUAAGAAUGUGAUCAAGUUCCUGAGUCACUACAUUGCCUCGAGCAGUGGGUCCGCUGUGUCGAAGGAGGACAUUGACAUGGAACACCUGAAAAUUCCGUCCGGGCAGUUGAUUGAGCUGGCUACGCUUUUGUCCAGGAAGGAACUGCACGCGGCAACCGUUGGCCAUGUGAAGCAGUUACCGGGAAUUUAUAGGCGCUUCCUGUCCAACAUUCGCGAGUUUCGCAAGUUUACGAUCAACAAGAUGAAGUUGACGGCGCAGAAGGACCUGGCCAAGGAGAAGAUCCUGCAUCGCCUCUGGACGCGUAACGAGCGCAACAAGAAGGAGAUCCGUAAGAUCGAGGACAUUCUGGUGUUGAAGAAGGAGAAGCUGGAGGAGUCGGUGCAGGAGAAGUAUGCCGUCAUAGAACGGUGCCGCCGAGAGCUUGCCGAGCUGGCCGUUCAGAGCCGGGAUCAGAUCCUGCAAUAUAUGGAUGACUCGGAUCGGCAGAUGUAUCACUACUUCGAGAGGAGCGACCAACGGUACGAGAGCUUGCUGGAGGAUCUGACCACCACUACGAAAACGUAUCAGCAGCGACUCCAAGAGGACCUGUGCGUCGAGAAGGCGAACCGGUUGAAGAAGAUGAAACUAACGCAACAACUACAAUCGUGGCUCCACAAGUACGACAAGGAUGCCGGCGAGCGUACCCAGGAGCUAAAGCAGUUGGUUGCUACGUUGAACACGCGCCAGCAGGAGUACGAUCACUGGAAGGGCACCAUAUUCGACCCGCAGGAGAAAAAAUACUUUGACGCAAUGGAGGAGAAGCGUCAGAUCGAGAUCCGCGAGCAAGAGGAACGGAUCGAGGCGUUCAUGAUGAACCGGGCGGCCAAGGUGCUGCAGCGUGCGUGGCGCUCGGUGGCGGAACGGAAGCGCAAGAUGCGUGGCAAAGGGCGCGGUCGUAAGGGCAAGGGCAAACGGAAGUAA